UUGCUGUAGAUAGAGAGAAGCAGUUUGAAGACACUCGAUGUGGGUACGGACGACCUGGUCCUGCUGUAGCCAUGUCCAAGAAAAUGAAAAGUCUGGUAGUGCCGCAGGGGCAUAUGACGCAGGCGGUGUCUGAUGGGGAACUGAAUGUCCACCAGCAGUCCAGCACCGGUGGAAGCAGCUCAAGUCUGUGUGAGAGCUCCAGCAGGUCAGGUGGCCCUCAUGGUCCUGAGGGACCGGCCAGCAGGGUGGUCAGCUGGGCAGUGUGUUUUGAACGGCUGCUUGAAGACCACGUUGGUGUGCGCUACUUUACCGAGUUUCUCAAAUCCGAGGUGAGCGCUGAGAAUAUUCUGUUCUAUCAAGCCUGCGAAAGAUUCAAGAACAUCCCACCCACCAAACUGAAUGAGCUGAAGAAAGAGGCGCGCUCCAUCUAUGACACUUUUCUGUCGGAAAGCUCUCUGCAUGCGGUGAACAUCGAUGAUACCGCCCAGACGGAGGAAAGCUCCCUGGAGACGCCAACACCUGACAUGUUCGAUAAAGCUCAGCAACAGAUCUUCAAGCUGAUGAAAAUGGACAGCUAUACUCGUUUCGUGCGCUCUCAACUCUAUCAAAACUGUAUGUUGUCCUGUGUUGAAGGUCGUCCUCUGCCCAACAUCGGAACUCCAGAACCCAAGAGUAAAGCGUCCAAAAGGAGCUCCACACCCCCCAGUAACAGAAAGAGCGUGGAGUUAAAAGCCCUGUCAUCAGACAGCAAAAGCAACAGGAAGAAGAGGUUAGAGAAGAGAGGAUCAUGGGGAGCAGACGGGUCAUACCAGCGAGUGACGGUGGCACGUAAUGAGUCUCAGAUCUCUGUGAAGUCCAACAGCAGUCUUGAGUUAGUCUCUGGAUUCGGCCGAACUGAGAAUGUCCGCUGCAGCGUGUCUAUCACUGAUCCAGAGACUUUGAGUUCUACUGCAGAUAAGUAUUGCUGCGUCUAUCUGCCGGACGGUACGGCCAGCCUCGCUCCGGCCAAACCUGGAGUGACUCUCCGAGACGUGCUGAGCAGUCUGUGUGAGAAGAGAGGAUUCCCUCUGACAGACGUCUUCAUCUACCUUAACGGCAAAGACAAGCCUCUUGCUCUAGAUCAAGACAGUUCUGUGUUUGGAGAUCAACAGCUUAAUUUGCAACUCAAAGUUACUUUUAUACUGGAGGUUUUGUUUUCUGGAAAGAAGUUAGGAAUCAUCACAAAGUCAAGUAAAAACUUGGUGGAUGUGAUUUCUGCCGUCCUGCAGAAGCAUCAGCUGCAGCCGCAGGAUGUACAGGUCACAAUGAGCGGCUCAGACGAACCAUUAAGCAUGAGCACCAAUGUGUACCAUCUGGCCGGCAAAACUGUGUGUUUGGACCGAGUGAAAGUUGGUUUGGAGACUCCAGAUGGUUCACCAACACCCAGAGUUAAUGCUAGAACCAGAAAACUCCAGGAGAUGGACGGUCUUGUCGAGAUGUUGUCUCGUGCCCAGUGCAGUCGGGUGGAGGACCAGCGAGGUUUACUCACGAAAGAACAGCUGGAGUUACCAAAGUUCCUGCAGCUGUCAGGAGGAAAUGGAACUCUGACUUCCUGUGACACAUCACAAGAUGAACUUUGUGUUCUUUGAGACCUGGAGAACUCUUUAAGCAUCCUAUAAACGGAGGAAAUCUAUGAAUACUGCACUGUGUGUGUGUGUGUGUGUGUGUGUGUGUAUGUGAGAGAGAGGGAGAGAGUGUGUUUGUGUGUGUAUUAACACGCAGACGUAAACGAUAGCGCUUGGAAAUUUCGCCCCUCCAGUGACGCAAGAUGAUGGUCACUUUGAGAAAUUCCCUUUAUGAUUCUUUUUUAAAUAGGUCAAACUACAUGUAGAGAUUUAUCUGCCAAAAUAUACUUGUAUUUAUUUUUUCUAUCAGAUCAUAUUGUGUGCCAUGUCAAGCGUGCUCUUUGUAUUUGAAUCCCGUUAGCAUGACUUUAUAUUGAAUGUUUUGUUCACUAUGAAUUUGGUGUGAUUAAAAAAGCGUGUGAGGUGGUGUGGGACAUGG